GCGAAAAUAUAUAAACCAGUUAACACGGGGAAAGAACAACCAUAACAAAUUCUUAAGAACUACCAUAAAGUUUGAAAAAGUUAUAGGAUUGUAUCGUGGUAGUUCUAAAAGUGAUUACUCAAUUCUAGACAUCAUUUUAAUUGACGUUAGUAGACCAAAGACAUAAUCUAAUCUGUGGUUAGAGGUUAGACACUUCAAAACAAACUUUUAUUAUUCAAACAUUCCAGAAAAAAUGUUCUAGUGCUAUUUAUUAUUGAGUAAAAUGGAACAAAAGAAAAAUGUGAAAAUUGUUGUGUUGGGUGAUAUUGGUCAUAGCCCUAGAAUGGCUAAUCAUGCUGUAUCAUUGGCUGAUUUGGGAAAUAAAGUAGAUGUAAUUGGUUAUGGAGAAUCGGAACUGCCACAUCAAUUCAAAAUUACUCCUAAUAUUUACCAUCAUUAUUUAUUUCCAUGUCCGAAAAUAGGUUUCAAGUUAUUGAAUUAUAUAUGGAAAACACUAUGGACAUCUUUAAAUCUCUUGUUUCUACUAGCUAUAACACGUAAGGCUGAUGUAGUUCUGGUUCAGAACCCACCAGCAAUUCCUUCAUUAGUUAUUUCUUGGAUAUAUUGCAAAUUGGUAGGAGCUCAGCUUAUAAUUGAUUGGCACAAUUACGCACACACUAUAAUGGCACUAAGUGUGGGAAAAAGGAGUCCUUUAGUUUCUCUAACCAAAAAAAUAGAAAAAACCAUAGGACGAAAAGCUGACUAUAAUUUUUGUGUGUCAGAAGUAAUGAAAAAAGAUUUACAUGAAAAUUGGGGAAUAAGAGCACAAGUGGUAUAUGACCGUCCAGGUUCUUGUUUUGGAUCGGUGUCAAAAAGUGAAAUGCAUGAUUUUCUCAAGAUUUUAGGUAAAAAGAAGGGCUUUGAAAUAUUCAUUGAUGAAAAAAAUGAAAAUGCUACUUUAUUUUCACAACAUUCUUCAAUUGGUCUAAGUCUUAAAGAUGAUAGACCUGCAUUUAUAGUAUCAAGUACUAGUUGGACAGAAGAUGAAGACUUUUCCAUACUCGUGAAUGCAUUACAAGAUUAUGAAAAUCACUGGAACAAUGGUAAUAACAAAAAUUUACCAGAUUUGGUAGUUGCUAUAACAGGAAAGGGACCUUUGAGAGAACAUUACUUGAAUGAUAUUGAAUCUAGAAAAUGGACACAUGUUAAGGUGAUCACUCCAUGGUUAGAAGACAAAGAUUAUCCCCUAUUCAUUGGAUGUGCCAAUCUUGGAAUUUCUCUACACACGAGUUCAAGUGGACUUGAUCUUCCAAUGAAAAUUGUUGAUUUAUUUGGUGCUAAUGUACCUGUAUUGGCAUAUAGUUUUAAGGCUCUAAAUGAAUUAGUGAUUGAUGGAAAAAAUGGAUAUGUUUUCUCCAACCAACAAGAACUCUCAAAUUUACUUUUAGACCUAUUUGAAGGAUUUCCUUCCAAUGAAAUGGUGAAUAGAAAUCUAGAAAGAAUGAAAAAAGAACUUGAAUUAUUUGGAAACUGGAAUGAUAUAUGGAAUGAUGUUUGUAGACCCAUUUUUGAUUCUUGAAUAAUAAAUGUUUUCUAUGCUAA